GACAAGCGUAAUGCGUCAGUGCUGGUCUGGCUGAGCUCUAAACCAGUUGUGUCCUCGCCGACGUCUUGAGUGUACUGUUCUUGAGCUAAGUGAUAAAGUGGCGUGCGCGUAUUGUUCUUCAUGCUGAUUUCUACGAGAAGCUACAUCCUGUUAUAUUGAGAAAUAUUUGCCUAAGAGGACAGUGGAGGGAAAUAUAGCUUAGUUUUCAUUUCGUGCGAGUGUAUGAAUUCACGACACCGCAGGAGUUAAGAAGCAGCUUAUCAUCUGUAUCUCGGCCAGAAACCUGAGAGCAGAGGGAGGGGAUCACAAUGGCAUUGUGUCCUAGAAAAUGUGUGACAGCUGUGCAUAUGUUCCUGAUAGUGGUCCUUCCUGCGAGAGUCGCAGCAACCAAGACUCUACCGCCGUGGGAGUUUCACCAUUGCAACAUCCCGAGCAACCCACAGAACCACCCCGUGGCCUACCACCAGCCCAAAAUCAUCAACCUGAGUCGCAUGUACGACGUCUCACAAACCUUCAGGCUGGUCUACUACGGCUCCAACUACAACGUCGGCUGUGAGCUGAAGCCCGGCGUGCUCUACUACGUGCAGCGCCACAACAAAACCACCUUCACCUACAACCACCUGGAGGACGGCAAGGGCGUCACCUCGCUGUGCCCCGGCCAGAGGAUAUGGCUGGGGACCGAGUCCUACGGCUUCGUCUCCUGCGGGGAAGAGGACCAGGCGAGGUCAGCAGCUCUGACGUGGUGGUCAGAGGUGCCUCUGUCGUACAUGACCAUCAUCGCCAUCAGCGUCGCCUCCGCCUUCACGUUCGUAACCUUCGUGGCCGUUAUCAUAUGCCUGCUGCGGCGUCGGCACGCGAAGGGCAAGGUCAGUCUUCCUCAGGUGGAUAUGUACUGAGCUCCGAGUGAGACUCAAUGAGACAUCAGGAGCUUGUAAUCAAUCGAAGGCAAGGAUCAAGAAUUCUGAGAGGAGGUUGGAGGCCAAGAAAAGGCUCAAGUAUUCUUACAGAACUCGAAGACAAGGCUAAAGAAUUCUGAGCGGAGGCGAAGACAAGGCUCAAGAAUUCCAUAAAAGCGAAGACAACGAUCGCGGUUUCCAAUAGAUGGCAUGGACAAACCUCAAGGAUUUAAAGGAUUCUAAGAGAAAACAAAAAUAAGGCUAACGAUUUUAAGAAGAGGUUAACACAACGCACCUUCAAAGCUACUAUGGGGACAGUGCCAGAAGACGCUGAGGACUGGUCAAGUGAUUGAAUAGAUGUACAUAAUUUAAUCAUGCAGUGACAGUGUGCAGUGAUUCAGUGUGAUGUGGGAGGCUAGCCCACGCGAGUGCGUUUUUUCUUGCUUCCGCGUGUGAUUAUUCUGAUUCGGUAGACAGUGAGCGAUCCAGGGGGCGUUAUCGUAUUUGUCUAUUUGUAUGAUAGUAAUUGCAAGAUAAAAGUGCCACAGAAAAAGUUGUGAUACAAAGUGAUAUUCCAUUAUUGUUAUUAUUCUUGUAAUAUUCAUUACCAUUAUUUUCCCUCAUCCUCUUUGUACAAUACAUAUGUUCUUCCCUUAUGUGUUAUUCUGUAUUACCAUAAUUUAUUUAAUAAAUUCAAA